AAUGGAAGUUUCUAGCAGUCGGCAGCAUGUGUGAAGCUGCGAGUUAUUAUCAUUAGCAUCAGCAUUAUCAGAGCGCUUCCGCUGUUUCCCCGGAUGAGUUUGUGAGAGGCUGAGGAUGUUCGGCUGUUUAGUCGCGGGCAGACUGGUGCAGACAGAUGCACAGCAGGUCGCCUCUGAUAAGUUCGUCUUCAAUCUGCCGGAUUAUGAGCAUGUCAAUCAUGUAGUGGUGUUCCUGCUGGGCACGGUGCCCUUCCCGGAGGGCCUAGGCGGCGCGGUGUACCUGUGUGUGCCGGGCGGGGCAGCGGGGCAGGUGUGGCAGCUGCUGGGCUUCAUCACCAACGAGAAACCCAGCGCCAUCUUCAGGAUCUCCGGGCUGAAAGCAGGUGAGGGCAGCUCUCACCCGUUCGGGAUGAUGGACGCUCCUGCGGCCCCCUCUAUGGCUCAGGUGGGCGUGUCUGUGGAGGGUUUACACCUGCUGGCUCAGCAGACUCCGGUCUCCAGCUCUGCCGUCUCCACACUGGACUCCUUCACACAGUUCACACAGAAGAUGCUGGACAGUUUGUUCAACUUCACCUCCUCCUUUGCGCUGUCGCAGUCACAGAUGAGCCCGAACCCGUCAGAGAUGUUCAUCCCGGCCAGCUCCAUCCGCAGAUGGUAUGAAAACUUCCAGAGGCGAUUGAUGCAGAACCCAAACUUCUGGAAGACAUGAGUCACUCAGCGUGUGUGUGUGUGUGUGUGUGUGUGUGUGUGUGCGUGUGUAAGACAGAUCCUCUGCUGCCGGAGCUCACACUCCUCUGUCAGAUCAGACUCUCGGAUGUUUUCUAACACACUGAACUCCUGAAUAAAGUCUGCAGCUGAUUUUGUA